UCAUGCGCCGUUAGGUCACAGUUAUGAACGUUUUGUUUAGGGCACUAAGAAAAACUGUCAACAGUCGAUUUUAUAGACAUAUAUCUGUAAGCAUGAUAAGACGCACUCAGAUUAAGAAAGUGCUGUGUGUGGCCGAGAAAAACGAUGCAGCUAAAGGCAUAGCAGAGAUCAUGUCAAAUGGCAGAUCCAGAAGAAGAGAAGGCUGCUCUGUUUACAACAAAAUAUAUGAGUAUGAAUACAACCUGUUCGGCCAAAAUGUUACUGUAAACAUGACGUCAGUAUCAGGGCAUCUCUUGGCUCUUGAAUUCAAAGCUCCUUUUCAGAAAUGGCAUAGUUGUAGUCCAGUCCUAUUGUUUGAUGCUGAGGUGGAAAAGUACUGCCCUGAGAACUUUAUACCGAUUAAGAGGACUUUGGAGAGAGAGGUGAGGCAGUGUCAAGCUCUGAUUGUUUGGACUGAUUGUGACAGGGAAGGAGAGAAUAUCGGCUUCGAGAUCAUUGAUGUCUGCAAAGCAGUGAAGCCAAACAUCCAGGUCUUCCGUGCACGGUUCUCUGAGAUCACCCCAAACUCCAUUAGGAGAGCCUGUGAGACCCUCACGGAGCCUGAUAUCAAUGUUAGCGAUGCGGUCGACGUGAGACAGGAGCUAGAUCUUCGCAUUGGGGCAUCGUUUACCAGAUUCCAGACUUUGCGCCUGCAGAAGAUAUUCCCAGAAUCUCUCUCUGAUCAGCUCAUCAGUUAUGGCAGCUGUCAGUUCCCCACUCUUGGCUUUGUGGUAGAACGAUUUAAAGCCAUUCAAGCCUUCAUCCCUGAAACAUUCUUCAAAAUCAAAGUUGUCCAUGAACCUAAUGAAGAGGAGUCAGUGGAAUUCAACUGGAAAAGACAUCGACUGUUCAAUCACACCGCAUGCCUUGUGCUGUAUCAGAUGUGCAUGGAGGAACCCAUGGCGAAAGUUAUAUCUGUAACAAGUAAACCAAAAAGCAAAUGGCGACCUUUACCACUGGACACUGUGGAACUUGAAAAACUGGCCUCCAGAAAAUUGAGGAUAAGUGCCAAAGAAACCAUGAAGAUUGCAGAAAAGCUGUAUACUCAAGGUUUUAUCAGUUAUCCUCGCACGGAGACCAACAUGUUUCCACAGAACCUGAACCUUACCCGUCUGGUUGAGCAACAGACACAGGACCAAGAAUGGGGAAAUUUUGCCCAGCGUAUUUUGGAAAGCGGUGGGCCCACUCCUCGAAACGGAAACAAAUCAGAUCAGGCCCAUCCCCCCAUUCACCCCACCAAAUACACCAACGGUUUACAGGGAAAUGAAAAGAGACUUUAUGAGUUCAUUGUACGUCACUUCCUGGCCUGUUGCUCCAAAGAUGCUCAGGGUCAAGAGGUCACAGUCGAAAUUGAUAUAGCGGAAGAGAGAUUCUCUGCUAGCGGACUGACGAUCAUCGCUCGCAAUUAUCUGGAAGUGUACCCUUAUGACAAGUGGUACAAUAAGGUGAUUCCAUCAUACAGCCCUAACACCACAUUCCAGCCCACAGCGAUUGAGAUGGUGGAAGGACAGACCAGUCCACCACAGCUUCUGACAGAGGCAGAUUUGAUAUCACUCAUGGAGAAACAUGGCAUUGGUACCGAUGCAACACAUGCUGAACACAUUGAGACCAUUAAGAGUCGCAUGUAUGUGGGGCUGACGGCAGACCAGAGGUUCCUUCCCGGAGAGCUCGGCAUGGGUCUCGUUGAAGGAUAUAAUUCUAUGGGAUACGAGAUGUCUAAACCAGACCUGAGAGCUGAGCUGGAGGCAGACCUUAAACUUGUGUCAGAGGGCCGGAAGAAUAAAGCAUCUGUCCUCAGUUAUCAUGUGGCAAAAUACAAAGCCGUUUUCAUCGAGUCUGUGAGGAAGGCAAAGAAAUUAGAUGAGGCUUUGUCCAAUUAUCUGGGUCCGGCUCAGGAGAUUGCAGAACAGGAGCAAGUCGAGUUGGAGAUACCAUUACCUGUGCGAAAGUGUCCUCAGUGUAACCGAGACAUGGUGCUGAAGAAGAAGAAAGACAGCACAGGGAUGCUUCUUUCAUGCUUGGGAUAUCCAGCGUGUAAAGCAGCCGUGUGGUUUCCUGACACUGUCCUGGAAGUCAGCAGAGACGAGAGCAUCUGUCCAACUUGCCGUCCACAUCCGGUUCAUAUGCUGAAGUUUAAAUUCAAGAGGGGAAGUUUGCCACCCAUGAUGCCUCUUGAAUUUGUUGGAUGCAUCGGAGGAUGUGAUGACACUCUCAGAGAGGUUUUAAACUUGAAAUAUCUCAGAGGACGUGAUGCAGAAUCUGCCCCUCAGGCCAAUAACAGCUCCAGAUCCAGUCAACACCACAUUCAUAGAACCAGCUCGGCACCUCCUCCAUCCAGGGUAGAGAACAUUAGACCUCCAGCACCCAGACCUCGAGCUGAUCCUGGUCUGCAACCUCCACCUUCAACUCAGGGCGGUGCCAUUGUGUGUAACUGUGGUCAGGACGCCUUACUUCUCACCGUGCGCAAAGAGGGUCCCAAUCAAGGGCGUCAGUUUUACAAGUGUAACACAGGAGACUGCAAGUUCUUCCUGUGGGCCGAUCAGCCACCUGAACAGGGGGUGCCUGAAAGAAACAGAGGGCCUUUAAGUCAAAACGUCCAGCCUCCCAGGCCUUCCAAUGGGUUUGGGAAUGUCUCACAGCAGAGGCAGAACCACAGAGGGUCUGGAGGCGAUGAAGGGGAAACUAUGUGUAACUGUAAUGAGCCUUCAGUCACCAGGACUGUCAUGAAGGAAGGGCCGAACAAGGGCAGAAUGUUUCACACCUGCGGGAAACCACGAGAUCAGCAGUGUGGCUUCUUCCAGUGGGCCAAUGAAAAUGUGGCACCAGCCACAGCGUUUUCUGGAGGAAAUGGUGGUAAACCAUCUGGGAACAAAAAGGCCAGUACUACCUCAGUCAAGCCUCCCACUGCCAAAAGGCAGAGGACCUGUGGAAUAUGUCAUGAGCCAGGACACACCAGAGUCACCUGUCCUCAGGCCCACUGAAAAACUAAAUUUGUAAAUAAAAUUAAUUUGUCUUAUGCA